UCUCUUCAGUGUGGAGUUAGCUCUGUUUAGCUACUUUUGCUUCAUUAAAGCGCGUUUUUUCUAAGUUUGGCCAGAUGUCUGAUAAAGCCGUGAAGCGGCCAGGAGUGGGGGUCGGAGUGCUGGUGACGGACCCAGCCCACCCCGGCUGUGUGCUCCUGGGGAGGCGGAGGAGCGCGGUGGGCAGAGGGAAGUACCAGCUGCCCGGGGGGCACCUGGAGUUCGGAGAGACGUGGGAGGAGUGUGCUCACAGAGAAGUGUCGGAGGAGGCAGGUGUGUGUUUGGUGAACGUGUGCUUUGCGUCAGUGGUGAACUCCAUCCGACUGGAGGAGCAGUACCACUACGUCACCAUCAUCAUGCGAGGAGAGCUGGACAGGACGCAGUCAGCAGAGCCGCAGAACCUGGAGCCGGACAAGAACGAGGGCUGGACGUGGACGCCCUGGGACCAGUUUCCUCCAGAGGAGCAGCUCUUCUUGCCACUGGCCGGUCUGAGAAAACAAGACUUCCAGCCGUUCAGAAACACAGAAACAAGCAGAAUAUGAAGCUGCAUGUUACACUGGGAAACUUUUAUCCUUCCCCAAAGAGAAGAAACAGACGUACCUCUUUAAAACUCAUGUUUACAUCUGCCUUUUUCUGUUUUACUGCCAUGUAUUUACUAAUUAAAAAUUCUCACUACAUACAUGCAUUAAUUCACAUUUUAAGCAAAUGAUACACAAAUAAAAUGCAAGUAAAUAAAAACACAGACAUCAACACGAGAAAAAGAGACAUGUCAAGAUUUUAUUGUU